AGAGCCGCGGCGGAGCGCGGAGCGGCGGCAGCACCGCCGGGCAGCGGGCGGGGCGGCGGCAGCGGCAGUGGCAGCGCCGACCUUAAAACCUCAAGUCAUGUAUUUCCUUGGACUGCUGUCUCUGCUUGCUUUGCAAAGCGAAGCCUUCAAGACCAAUUUUCCUGAUGAAACCAUUGCUGAGCUCUCAGUGAACGUUUACAACCAGCUGCGAGCCAGCAGGGAGGAUGAGAACAUCCUCUUCUCCCCUCUGAGCAUUGCCAUAGCCAUGGGCAUGGUGGAGCUGGGAGCCCAUGGCACCACCCUGAAGGAAAUCCGACAUUCCAUGGGGUUUGACAGCCUGAAAAAUGGUGAGGAGUUUGCCUUCCUGAAGGAGCUGUCUGACAUGGCAACUGCUGAAGAAAGUCACUACGUGCUGGACAUCGCCAACUCCCUCUACGUGCAGAACGGGUUCCAUGUCAGUGACAAAUUCCUGCAGCUGGUGAAAAAAUAUUUCAAAGCUGAAGUAGAGAAUGUAGAUUUCAGCCAAAGUGCAGCUGUUGCUACUCAGAUCAAUAAAUGGGUGGAGAAUCACACGAAUAGCAUGAUCAAAGAUUUUGUGUCUUCAAGAGACUUUGGUGCUCUAACUCAUUUGGCUCUCAUCAAUGCAAUCUACUUUAAAGGCAACUGGAAAUCACAGUUCAGGCCUGAAAAUACCAGAACUUUUUCUUUCACUAAAGAUGAUGAAAGUGAAGUGCAAAUUCCAAUGAUGUACCAACAGGGAGAGUUCUACUACGGAGAGUUCAGUGAUGGCUCCAACGAAGCAGGAGGGAUCUACCAGGUCCUGGAAAUCCCCUAUGAGGGGGAUGAGAUCAGCAUGAUGAUUGUCCUUUCCAGGCAGGAGGUUCCCCUGGCCACACUGGAGCCACUGGUCAAGGCCUCCUUGAUCAAUGAAUGGGCUAACUCUGUGAAGAAGCAAAAAGUGGAAGUGUAUUUGCCAAGGUUCACAGUAGAACAGGAAAUUGAUCUGAAGGAUGUCUGGAGAGGUCUGGGAAUUACAGAGCUGUUCAGCAGCAGUGCUGACCUCACUGCCAUGUCUGAUAACAAGGAACUUUACCUUGCAAAGGCACUUCACAAGGCAUUUCUAGAAGUUAAUGAGGAAGGAUCAGAAGCUGCUGCUGCCUCAGGAAUGAUUGCCAUCAGCAGAAUGGCAGUGCUCUAUCCCCAGGUCAUAGUGGACCAUCCCUUCUUCUUUUUGGUCAGAAAUAGAAGAACAGGUACGGUGUUAUUCAUGGGAAGGGUAAUGCACCCCGAGGCAAUGAAUUCCAGUGGCCACGACUUUGAAAAGCUUUAACUGCCACCGGCUACCAAAAGGAGGAGAUAAGCACAUAAAGUUUGAAGUUAAUAUAUUUAAGGUUUGCCGUGUUUUCCCCCAAGAUACUGUUUCAAAACGCUUUCGGAUCUAACUGUGUGCAAGUCAGUUCCCAGAGGAAAGCUUACAGUAUUAAAGUAAUGGUUCUGUUUCUGUCAUUGUGAUUGCUGUGUCCUUAAAAUAAAGUUGUGUACAUGUCAA